UUUGUACCUUUGCAGAUAAUAUACGGGUUUUCUAUCAGCCCUGCCCCCCGCUGCCAAUUUGAAACGAGCGCAUGCGCGCUGGGCAGAGGUCGUUGCUAUGGGGACGCUUCCGUACACAGCCGCUGGACUCGAGCAGCAGUUUGUGGAAACUCCCACCUUUUUGACCUGAAUUCUAAUCUGAACUUAUCCCGCACGGGCGGGUGCGGGUGAAACAGUGCUCGUCUGUGCUGUUACAACCUCUCAACACAGCAACAGGCCGACAGUACAAAGUGUUUUCUCCAGCAGACGGUCAGACUGACGGACUGGCUGACGGACCGUGCUGGUAACUACACGCACUGAUCCAGUACCGUCCCUGAGAACCGUCUGGGGUUCUGCUGUACGCUGCACAGCCUCUCAGGUGUUUUACUGUGGCUCAGGUUGGGCCACAGCUGCACCCUGACGAACUGUCCUACAACAAAACUAAGCCGAGAACCCUGAAGGCCUGAAGAGACGGCGUUAUUCAUAACAUGUCCACACAGUUACUGCUUCUUCUUUAAAUAGGCUGCACCUGGCUGCUUCUGAACGCAGGACUUUGACUCGCAGCAGAGAACGUAAAUGAUCUGAUUACUUCCUGUUCCACCUUUGACGGGCGCACAGACGGCUGUCGUCAUGGCAGCGGGAGCAGUGUCAGCUCCACUCAUCAUUCCCAUCAUCCACCCGCAGACCCACAAAGCCAAGAGCCACAUCGACACCAACACACCCGUCUCCCUGCAGUCAGACACUCCUGGGGUGCACAUCUUUUACACUCUGGAUGGAUCGCGGCCGGCAGCCGACCAGCGGGGGUCUGCGGGCCGCGGCAGGAGGUUCAGCGGGCCGAUCCUGCUGCCUGCUGGUCGAGUGCCUGUCAGAGCUGUAGCCGUCACCAGCGACGGCAGAGAAAGCUCUACAGUAACAAAGGUGUUCACGGUUGAACCUGCUGAUUCAAACAACAGAGAGGAGAACGAGGAGAACUUCCUGCAGCAGGGUCCAUCUGAAGGAACCUCAGGUUCUGCUGAGAACUCUGCUGGUUCUUCACUGAGGCCUCCAGAGCCGAGAAUCAUGGGAAAAGCCUCUCUUCAAUCAGGUCCUCGUUUUCUGAAUGGUCGACUGCGCUCUGCGAGCUCUGCUGCCCAGGUGGGAUCCCACCUUUCCCUGUCGGCGAGUUCAGGUGUACUAAAACAGCUGAACAGCACGCAGAUGUCCCGAAUCAACCGAGAGACCGACUUCCUGCGGUGUGCUCAGUGUCUGAGUUUUCGUCCCUCAGAUCCAUUUGCUCGGUUCUGUGCUCAGUGUGGAGCUGUGGUUCCCACAUUACCUGAGCAGAGGCUGCCCCCUGCUGAGGGAGGACAGGUGGUUUGCUGUGUGUUCUGUAACACUGUGGUUCCUGUCAACACUCACACCUGCUUUACCUGUGAGGCCCCCAUCCAUCCACAGCUACAGCCACAGUCCAGCCACACACUGCAGGAUCAUGUGGUGUGUGUUUGCUGUGGAAGUGGAAAUCCAGCUCACAUCUCCAGCUGUCUGACCUGCGAGAGCCGCCUGCAGCCGGUGACACACACACACAGUGCAGUGUGUGUUGGGAACAGCGCCCCCUCUGUCCCGUCAGCCGACAGAAGGAUGUUGUCCUGCUCCACAUGUAAACGUGUAAACCACCAUGAUGCCAGAUACUGCGACUGGUGCGGCUCAAAGCCCGGUCAUGCAGCCAGCUGUGUGAUCUGUUGGCGAUGUGGAGCCAGUGGACACCCAUACGCCUUCUACUGCGCAGCCUGCGGCGUCUUCCUCAAAGCUCCAGCCCCGCCCACAUCCUAUAGUGACAUCACACCACCUGUUGGAGGCACCGCCACCAACCAGGCCACGCCCUCUUAUGACCCCGCCCCUGUGAAGAGGCUGACCACGCCCACAGCAGAGCAGUACACACAGACUGUAGGACUCUUUUACCCAUCAGCCACUGAGCUGCAGAAGAAGGAGCAACAGAGGGUGCUGCAACUCAGCAGACAGCAGGCAACCAGAGACCGCCAACCGCUACUGACCGCCAUCAGCCCGGGCAGAGGUUACUGGAGGAAGCAGCUGGAUCAUAUAUGUGCUCACCUCAGGAGUUACACUCAGAACAACGCCCCCUUCAGGGCUCUGCUGGGAGAGCCUCGCCUGGGCCGGAUGGUUUCUGCUGUGAUACAGGAAGAUCGCCACGAAGUCAGUCUGACCAUCAGCUUCGUGUCGGCGGGACAGGAAGAGAAACCGGUGGAUCCAGCAGCUGGUGCUGUUGGAGCGACUGCAGGUGGGACCGAGACUCUGAGCAGCGUGACGGAGCGAUCUGCAGACAGCAGCAGUCUCAGAAGUGAUCGUUCUGCAGGUGUGAUGAAGCCUUCCAAACCCAACCCGAGACCCAAACCUUUAGCAAAGGACAUUCAGCUGCUGAGGGAGUUGGGUCCAGGUCGAGGUGAUGUCAGUGUCAUCCAGGAGCUCCUGGAUCAGGGGGCGGACCCCGCCUGCUGCAGUAGAGAUGGCCAACAUGCUCUGGCAGUUGCUGUGGUGAACGGUCACCACGAUGCACUUCCUGUUUUGGUUCAGCGUGGAGCUGAUGUGGACCAACAGUCCAGACAGAUGAAGAACUCAGCUCUGCAUGAAGCUGCUGCUCUGGGCUCUGAAGGUCUGCAGUGUGCCCAGGUCCUGCUCAGCUGUAAGGCCAGCGUGAGGCGGACGAACGCCAGCGGUCAGACGGCGUACGACGUGGCGGUGACCUCCGGCUGCAGCGACAUGGUGUCUCUGCUGGCUGCUCGGACUGGACUGGACUUACUGGGCCAACUGGGCAAACCCAGACUGAACCGGGAUGCUUUCUGUUAGGGACAAAACAAACCUCUGCUUUUAAAAACCGUUUUGUUCUCUGAUAAUAAAGUAGUGAUGUGCUUGGAGUAGAUGCUCAUAUUCCCUCUUCCUUCUGUUCUAUUUGAUGAAUAAUAAAAGUUUAUGAACCGUUAUGAAGUUUAUGAAUGUAUGGCCUCAAAGUGUGUGUGGUUCAGAAGCUUCGUAAACUGAACUUUCAUCCACGUUUUCAGUUUGAGCAUAAAAAAGCUCAGACUGCGAUGCCACGAUGAGAUCACGUUUUCCCUCUCGUUACAGCAUCCUCUUCUUCUGUGGAGUCUCAAAGGCACCGGCUGGAGGAUCAGCUCCACCUGCUGGUUGUCUCCGUCCAUCACAUGCACACAUGAGGAGUGGACGGAGACAGUCUCCAGUUAAACUUCUGUUUGAGUGCUUCACAUCCACUGCAGGGCACACAAAUGGUUUUAUUUGAGCUAACGUUUAGCCAACGUUAGCUCAAAUAAACAUCCUUCUCUGUCUUUAA